UGUACUAUACCUGUUUUCUUAAAUUAUAAUCUGUAUCAGGAAUUUAUAUUAAGUAAAUCGGGGAGCAAGAAGUCAUCUAGUUCACAGGAAGAGUCAUCCAAAAUAUCCCUGAUUGCUUUCAAUCAGAUAGUUGAAUACUGUGAAGGAUCUGGAUGCCGCAGGAAAAGAAUUCUUGAGAGUUUUGGGGAACAGGUAACUGCAUCACUAUGUGGAAAAACAUGUGAUGCCUGCAGACAUGCAAACUUAGUUGCUCGAUGUUUGGAGGAUCUCAAAACUGUUUGUGCUCUGCGUCAUAAAAAUGGUUCAUCUCGAGUUUUUAUAACCAGUUCCACUGCCGCAACUACUGGAGAACAGUUAUCUGAAUUCUGGAAUCGGGGAGAGGAAGCAAGUGGAUCAGAGGAAGAUAUAUCUGAUUCAGAAGAUGGUAAUGAGGUUAUCAACAACCUAACCAGGUCAAAGCUUCAAUCCAGAUUGGGAGUAAAUGAAAAGCUUGCUAUGUUACAACGGGCAGAAGAAAACUUCUAUAGAAAUAAUAACACUUAUAAACAGAACAACAAAGGUGACAAGAAUGCUAUUUCGGAUCCAAUGCGAGGAUCAAGCAGGCAAAGGUUACAAAAUGCUCUUAAACAGGUCCACCAACGGCUUGACGACUUCAAGAUUGAAGUGGAUACGUCAGCAUCUUUCCUUGAAGAUGAAUGCUACAAGAAGUAUGGCAAGGCUGGCAAAUCAUUCUAUUAUUCGCAAGUGGCAAGUACUGUAAGAUGGCUGACGACUGCCACCUCCAGCGAAUUGAUGAACCGACUUUGUGCAAUUAAUGCUUCUGCUGAAGCUGAACAGUCCCUUACGCCAGCUGAACAGCCCUUCAAACCGCCACCUACUUUAGAUCCUUGUGCAGAAGAUACCAGCAAUGAAUACUCUGGCAAUGCUAGAUCAGAAACUUCUCCAUGUAUUGUGCCAAUGGAAAGCUGUUCGUUUAAUAAUACCAACUUGCCACAAAUACCAUCCUUCUCUGAAUUCCUAAAUAGUAGGAAAACAAAAGGGGACCAGUUAAAUGACACAAAGAAGCAUUCAAGAAUCGAAAAGAGGAUGAGGAUGCAGUAAAUUUACAUUUGUAGAUACUAACUAUUAAAGUUCAGAUUUUAGUGGCAUAAUAUCAAGUGCGAAUUUCGGCUUCUAUAAAUCAAUUAGUAUUGUUUGAA